AUGUUAAAAGGCUCAUAUGUACUAGAAGUGUUACUUGCCUACGUGAUCAUCCAAGGGACAAGUGAUCCAUACGUGAAGUUUAAAAUUGGAGGAAAAGAAGUUUUUAGAAGUAAAAUAAUACACAAGAACCUCAACCCUGUGUGGGAGGAGAAAGCUUACAUUCUCGUUGACCAUCUUAGGGAGCCACUGUACAUAAAGGUCUUUGACUAUGACUUUGGACUGCAGGAUGACUUCAUGGGCUCCGCCUUUCUGGAUCUCACUCAGUUGGAGCUGAAAAGGCCCAAGGAUGUGACCCUAACUCUGAAAGAUCCCCAUUAUCCCGACCACGACCUUGGAGUCAUUUUGCUCUCCGUUGUUCUGACCCCCAAUGAAGGAGAACCCAGAGAUGUGACAAUGCUAAUGAGGAAGAGUUGGAAAAGAUCAAGUAAGUUUCAGACCCAGAGUUUGCGUUUGUCAGAGCUACACAAAAAAUCACAUCUUUGGAGAGGAAUAGUCAGUAUCACCUUGAUUGAGGGACGAGGCCUCAAGGCAAUGGAUUCAAAUGGGUUGAGUGACCCCUACGUGAAGUUCCGGCUUGGGCAUCAGAAAUACAAGAGCAAGAUUAUGCCAAAAACCUUGAAUCCACAGUGGAGGGAACAAUUUGAUUUUCAUCUGUAUGAUGAAAGAGGAGGAGUCAUUGAUAUCACUGCAUGGGACAAAGACGCUGGCAAAAGGGAUGAUUUCAUUGGCAGGUGCCAGGUCGACCUGUCAGCCCUCAGUAGGGAACAGACGCACAAGUUGGAGUUGCAGCUGGAAGAGGGCGCGGGACACCUGGUGCUGCUGGUCACCCUGACGGCUUCGGCCACCGUCUGUAUCUCUGACCUCUCCGGCAACUCCCUGGAGGACCAGAAAGAACGGGAGGCGAUAUUAAAGAGAUAUAGCCCGUUGCGGAUAUUCCACAACCUGAAAGACGUGGGAUUCCUCCAAGUGAAAGUAAUCAGAGCUGAAGGGCUGAUGGCUGCUGACGUCACAGGUAAAAGUGAUCCUUUUUGUGUAGUGGAAUUGAACAAUGAUAGGCUGCUUACCCAUACCGUCUACAAAAACCUUAGUCCUGAAUGGAACAAAGUCUUCACAUUCAACAUUAAAGAUAUCCAUUCGGUGCUCGAAGUGACGGUUUACGAUGAAGAUCGGGAUCGAAGCGCUGACUUUCUGGGCAAAGUUGCGAUCCCAUUGCUGUCUAUUCAGAAUGGCGAACGCAAAGCCUACGUCUUGAAAAACAAGCCGCUGACAGGGCCAACAAAGGGGGUCAUCUAUCUUGAAAUAGAUGUGAUUUUUAAUGCUGUGAAAGCCAGCUUACGAACAUUAAUCCCCAAAGAACAGAAGUACAUUGAAGAGGAAAACAGACUCUCUAAGCAGCUGUUGCUGAGAAAUUUUAUCAGAAUGAAGCGUUGUGUCAUGGUGCUCAUAAAUGCUGCCUACUACGUUAAUAGUUGCUUUGAUUGGGAUUCUCCCCCAAGGAGCCUCGCUGCUUUUGUGCUCUUUCUCUUUGUUGUCUGGAACUUUGAGCUCUACAUGAUCCCACUGGUUUUGUUGUUACUAUUGACAUGGAACUACUUCUUGAUCGUAUCAGGGAAAGAUAACAGGCAACGUGACACAGUAGUAGAGGACAUGCUGGAGGACGAGGAGGAAGAAGAUGACAAAGAUGACAAGGACAGUGAGAAAAAGGGAUUUAUAAAUAAAAUCUAUGCCAUCCAGGAGGUAUGUGUCAGUGUCCAGAACGUCCUGGAUGAAGUGGCUUCCUUUGGCGAAAGGAUAAAGAAUACUUUCAACUGGACCGUUCCGUUCUUAAGCUGGCUGGCCAUUGUCGCCCUCUGCGUGUUCACAGUCAUCCUGUACUUCAUCCCACUGAGAUACAUCGUCCUUGUCUGGGGCAUCAAUAAAUUUACAAAGAAGCUUCGGAGUCCAUAUGCAAUUGAUAACAACGAACUGCUUGACUUCCUUUCCAGAGUCCCUUCAGAUGUGCAAGUGGUGCAAUACCAAGAACUGAAACCAGAUCCUUCGCAUAGCCCCUGCAAAAGGAAGAAAAACAAUCCUGGCUAGCCGGCUCCAAGCACCGCGGAGACCCGCAUCUGCUGGGAAGAUAAAAAGACAAGUCUUCAGCCUCGGCUGCAUUUCCUUUCUUUCUGCUUUUUAUUUAUUUUGCCUCCAUUUUGUUUUGUUUUGUUUUUCAAUUGUGAUGGAGAGGAUUUGUAAAUAGUGUACAAAGGCAAAUGUCUUUUGCAAUCUACUUGCACUGUACAGAAUCAAUUUGAUAAAAGUUUAGCUCCUGCCGUGUGAAAGCCUUGUGAGCUGUGGGGAAAUAAAAUAACACAUUGAAACAAAAAAUAAGAAUGAUAGCACUGAAGAUACACACUCCUUUAAUUACAAGUAGGGGAACCAGAAUAUUAAAUUAAAUGCUCAGGUGGGCUCUGAUUAAAUCUACACAAGAUGUAAAAUGUCAAUUUAAUUUAAAAGUUUUUUUUUAAUGUAACUCUUUUUUUUAUCCUGAAAGUAAUCCAUUCCAAUUUUGUAUGCUUUGUAUCUUUUAAAAGAGGGCAAAUCCCAAACCUGAAUCAUGGAAUGGAUCCGUUCCUGUGGAGCAUGGGUUCUGACUUCAGACUCUGACAUUCGCUCCUAUGCACGUUAUUUUGACUGACGUGCUGAUUUCCCAUAGUGACCUCACAUGGCCAGCUAGAACUGUCCCAGAGGGCUUCCUGGGCUGUCCGCUUCACUGGAGCCAGGGACUUUCUCCCACAGAACCCCCGAGUGGGUCCGGUGGGCCGAUCUCUCGGUGAGUUGGAAAUCAACUCUCUGGCGCGCGCGCACACACACACACACACACACACACACACACACGCUAAUUUUAAGCUGCCAAGUUAAGGUACAUGAACCCCUUCAAGAGAAUCUUCAACACCCUGCAACUCAGAAAAGAAAACUUUCAAACCUUCAAUCAUUCCAUCUAAAACCUGAAAAUCUCUACAGGACUAUACAUAAAUACUGCCAGGUUUAUACAUGAUUGCCUAACUGAACUUUUAUAUCAACGACUACUACUACUACUACUACCACCACUUUAAUUUGUACUGAUUUAGUAAAUUAGCAACCCUGUCCCAUUGUCAAAAAUACUAGCACACGAAAUCUGUAUUGCUUUUAGUGUCAUAUUAUUGCCUUUGUGCAUCUAAAAAAAAAACCUUUAAUACUCAAGUGUUCUCCCAGGGAACAACAACAACCAAAAGUUAUUUGCUUUCUCAUUAGAUUACUGACAUACUUUAAUGCAUACUAUGAUCAUUGUUAUUAGUGUGAAUUUCAAUGUAGAGGAGAAUGCAGUGUGCUAAGUGAUAUGCCAGUGUUUCAUUACGUUCAUUUAGGUGAGGGUGUGUCAUUCCUGAUCACAUGAGUGCAUGAAAACCUGUUUUGUAAAAUAAACUGCUUAUGGGGAGAGGGGGUUGCCUUUAAAAAUGUUUCACUCCUUACCAUAGAAUCUGUUUCAAAUGCAUCCCCACUGCUCUAUGGUAGUUUCUGUGACCUAUUCCCUGGUAUAUCAAGAGGGAGUUGUGCCUACGGAGAUAGCACUCACUCUAUGAGAACGUGUCUCCUAACUUGGUCGGAGAUAAGUGAGGUUGAAAUGGUUACAGAAAGCAUUUUGCACUACUUUAUUAAUAAUAGACCAGAAUAGGGGUUUGGGUUGGGGUUGUGCUGGGAAAAUAUAGAAAAGCCAGAAAUAUACAUAUAUAUAUAUAAAGCGAGAAAUAUAUAUUUCAGCCUAA